AUGAACGACGUCGAGCUCGAUGACCCCGACCUCGCCCACAACGUUCCGGCCUAUGUACUGGAUAGAUUUCGUGAAUGGAGAUACUCCUCUCAUGACAUUCAAAAGGACCCAGGAAAAUUUAUUGGCACUGCUUGGGUCGAUGCUGCCGAGCUGAGAACCUAUCUGAAGACGAACCCUGCUGCUCUCCUGCGUUCUCGAGCAGGGAGUGAAGUUUCCUUCUCAGGCUCUGCGCCUCCUUCUCGUUCAGUGUCACGCAUGAGUUCCGUUUCAGUCAAGAUGGAGCCCGGUGAGGCGCCCGCUGUGAAGUCUGAGCCAACCGAUGACGAGGUGUUACUCUAUGGGGAUGUGGGAGCCCGACGCCAGCGCCGUUCGAGCGCCUCAUCGAGCGCUGCUUCACGCUGGUCAUCAUUCAUCGCUCCGGAUGGUACAGAGGGUCUGGAGCUUCUCGAUAGCGACGACGAGGUCGCUUCUAUACUUGGGACCGUGCCAGGAAACUCUAGUCGUUCAUCAUCUCGCUCGUACACCCCCACCUCUACCUCCUCUUCUCUUGACGGCCAUGACACUCCCUGCGCGCCUGAUGACAAUACUCCCAGCGGCUCCUUGGUUACCGACAUCGCAGCAACAGUUUGGCACGACGAAAGCGUACAAUCUGUCCCCGAACUCGGCUCCCCAACCUUCUUUAUCACUCGACAAUGCAGAGUCAAGGUCCUUGAGACCGUCCACGGCCUUCCUCACUACUACCCAAUCCCUCGUGUCUCUACCGGCUAUGUCCUAGAUCUCCGCGACCCCCAAUACGACUUCAGUGAUCUCGUUGCUGGCAAGCGUCCGCCGCCGGAUCGAGCGGACUCCAUUAUUUUGAACCGGGACCAAGAUUCAUGGGCCUCGCAUGGUGCAGGAAAGAACUGUACAACAGCAGAUAUACCAGGUGAACGGUUCGGUUUGGCCCAAGGACUCGUAAAGUGUCGACGUGUUCGCAUGGAGUGCAAGGGCACUCAGCACUGCGAAGACGCCGACCUAUCCAUCAUCAGCGGCGAGCGUUUCGAGCUUGAGCCCGAGAAGCGAGCCGCUCUUUUUGAUGCACAAACGCGCAUUCGUAUCCAGGAGGGAAUGGAUGCCAAUCAACGUGUAGCAACGUUUUGGCGCUCCAUACAGACCCGCCCUUGCCCGUUUCCCAAAUGUGGCGGAGGCCUCUCACAGGCUCGAUACCAAAACGGUGCGAAGAACGGCAAGACCUACUUCAUCGGUUGUACGGGGUUCAGGCGAGGCGAGACCAAUCCUGGUCAUCGUUACAUUGCAAUACCCACGGACGUUGACGAACAUCGUCUGUCUCGCAUCAUCGCUGGCCAGCCGCUCCCACCACCAGAGGACUCCGAUUCGACUUCACCGAUCAUUGUUAAGCGUGCUAGCUGUUCGUUCAUGGUACAUGGCCGUAUUGGACGCAGGGCUAUUAAAUGCAAGUUUACGCAUAUUGUCGACGGUGUGCCAACAACCAUGAAGACCGUCACACGAGCCUGCCCAGCAUCUCGAACCAUCUUCGUUCCCAUGGACGCCUCUCUCCAACGCCUAGCCAUCGUGGUUCCCGACCACACAAGCCCACACAACCAUCCGAUGCCACCGUUCACCAAGGUCGAUGCGGAUGAUCGGCAAGGCCGCGUCAACACAGGUGGUGCUCGGAGGCAAGACACUGACGGCGUACAACCCAGCCUUCCUUCAGAGUCGUGCGAAGAAUGA